UAGAGGACCCCGCCCCCCCGCCCCCGUUCUGCAUGACUGGUGACUAAAAUUGCCAGCGUCCUCAAGGCUGCAGCUGGGGAUGGACACAGGGGACCCCAACUUCAAGCAUCUUGAUGCUUCUAUCAAGUGGUGAUUUUAUGCAAUGGCAUCAAGCCACAGUUCUUCAUCAGUGCCUCAGCCAAAUAGCAGAGAUGCUUUCUUUAAAAAGGAGAUGGAUUCUGCUAAACGCUUUCGACCUGUACAGUCACUGCCUGAUGUAUGUCCCAAGGAACCUACAGGUGAUCCUAAUAGUUUAAGUGACAGCCCAUCUCUAGUUGCAGAUCAGCAUAGAUGGACAAUUUAUCAUUCCAAAGUAAACCUCCCAGCGGCGCUAAAUGAUCCUAGGUUAGCAAAAAGGGAAUCCGAUUUCUUUACAAAAACAUGGGGACAGGACUUUGUGGACACAGAAGUCGCACCUUCAUUCUACCUCCCACAGAUCAACAAGGAAAAUUUUGCAUUAUAUCAACAGGAAAUCAUUCAGAGAGAGAAGAUUCAUGAAAGAUGCAAGAAUAUUUGUCCUCCUAAAGAUACCUUCGACAGGACUCUCUUACAUACUCAUG